AUGCCUUCCCAUGAAGCUCUGAUGGGCCUAUUAGAGAGCCUUACUUCCAAUUGUCACUCACUCAACACCUUAGCCCUAUCUUUUAACCAACUGGCGUAUCAUGAUGAAAACGAACUCCAGUCUAUUCCACACAUUCAUCUCCAACACCUUGUCCCCAUCUCACGACUUUCGCACCUUCAAUGGUUUGAGUUUCGACACCCAUACCCUCUUGAAGGCACGGACGACGACGUUAGACAACUAACAUCCAGGUGUCCUCGCAUCAAAGGGCUUCUGUUGAACCCAAACCCUCUCCUUCUGAAGUCCACUUCCCUCACCCUAAUCGCGCUCAAAGUACUGGUACUUCAGUGUCCACAAAUACAGAAAAUAGGUCUUUACAUCGAUGCGAGAGUUGUCCCCGUCGCUACCCCACUUUUCAUCGCUCGUAUGCCCGGCCACACGGGUCGUGGAAAUACUAUCCGUACUACCAGACCCGGCCACGGGCUUUCUCCCUCGGCGUUUCGACCAGCGUCAACCGCACCCAUUACCCUCACAUUGGACAGCUCUAUCAUUCCGGUGAUUGAAGAUGGUUGUUACGACGACUAUUCCUCCAUCGCAAAAUACGUCACCGGGCUUCCUUUCAGCUCUGAAAUAUUCCUCUGGGAUCGAUCGUACGACAAGAUUAGGGUGCAUUUGGGGUCGGAUCCGUACGAGGAUGAUAAGGACAGUCGUGAACGUGGUUGGGAGACUAUAGCAAGUAUCGCAAAUCUGAUAAUGGAGACGAAAAUCAGGACGCGGGAGGAGCUGCUAGCCUUGUUAUUUGACGCGCCUCCAUAA